UUUCUUUGUAUUGUACAGCUUGAGAAAUGCCAGUGGCCUGACAGCAGCAGACCUUGCACAUACCCAGGGCUUCCAAGAAUGUGCCCAGUUUCUCUUGAACCUCCAGAACUGUCACCUGAAUCGUUUCUAUAGCAAUGGCACCUUAAAUGGGGUUCAUCAGAAUGCAGGUCCCAACCCAUUCAGUGGUGGGACAAGUCGAAAGAGAUCUUUUGAAGAUACGGAGUCUGCUGGAGUAAAGAAGGCUAGAACGGAAGCUUACAGCUUUGAUGGCUUAAUACCGAUGAUGAAUGGAGGCGCUGAGGACGAUGCUGACAAUAUGCACGUUGAUAGAGAGUUUGCGGUUGUAUCAGAUCUGAAUAGCAGUAGCUCCAUACUGAAUGCACUGACAAAUGGAUGUGCCGUCAAUGGACGUUUGGAUUUCGCCACCGCACAGCAGCUCAGCGAGAUGGAUGCCAGGCGUGAGGAGUGUUUGACAUUGACGCCUAAUGGAAUAAUGCCUGGAAUAACUUCUCCCAGCAGGCAUCGGGUUCACACCAGUAACGGCGCUGAAGAACCGGAAAAAGCCAUGAAUAAUUCCACCGAUAUGUGUGGGUCUCUGCACCUGAACGGAAGCCCGAGCAGCUGCGUUUCUAACCGGCCGUCGUGGGUGGAAGACCCUGGCGAUACUUUGCACUAUGGACACUAUCAUGGUUUUGGGGAUACGGCUGAAAGCAUCCCCGAACUUAGUAGUGUCGUUGAGCAUUCCAAUUCUGUCAAGGUCGAACAGAGAUACGACAAUACUGUCCUAGGUACAAUGUAUCUGUAUCACGGUUCCUAGACGAAUGACCUUUAUAUCAAACGCAGAUUGAAAUGGCUACCAAAUGAAACUGGGGGGUACAGAAUCCUCACAUAGCAUUAAAUUUGGAGAUUGCAACUUAUUGCUAUUUUUACACUUUGUUUAUAUGAAAAGUCAACCUUUAAUUUGACAGCCUUAUACAAUAGUUGUAGUUUGUUGCAUGUAUGGGGCUUAUUUAGUGAUAAAAUAGGUGCUGUUAUGAUGGAAUGUUUAUCAUUUUCAUUUUUUUAUUAUGGAAUGUUCUGGUUUUGUAUUUUUUUAUUUCUAAGCUUGUGAACACUAUCCCUUUUUAGAGCUGUUUUCCCUUUUACUAAAACGAUGUUUAACGGAAUUUUGUGAAGAAAACGUUACGUGUGCGCAUCACUUAGGAGUAACGAUUUUACUUUCCAUAUCUUCUGCUGAAGCUAUGGUAGCAAUAUCAAUGCCAGCUAUCACUAUGCAAGGUUGAAAGUGGCAAUCUUCUGGAGCUUCUCUGACUUUCUAGUUUGUACGUUUCUUUGGUAUAAUUAGAUGUUCAUCUUUAGAUUUUUUGAACCAGUUGUUUCAAAACACGGAGACGGAGUCGGAAGAGUUACCGUUUCACUUUUCUGUAGCGUAGAAGUGCUUUUUUGUUGUCGUUGGGCUCUUUGCAUUAUUGAGUGGGAAAGUGGGCUGCCUUCGUUCGGUCGCAGUGGGGUGUGCCUUGGGUUAGCUCUGAAUUUGUGGUGGUUUCCAUUGGCUUCUCUCCUUUAUAUGUACGCUUGAUAUUUUACCAUAGCUCACAGACCGGAGGCAUGUCGGCGCUGUUUCUGCUUUGUACGCGGUUUUGCUGUUACUUGUUAUAGAAUUUGCCGAGUCAAAAUAUUUGAGUUUGACUGUCUUGGAUAUACAUUUAUUGUCUAGGUUUUUUUCAACAUAUGCUUUGAAAAUGUAAUGUUGUGUACUCUUUGGUCUAUGCUCACGGAGAAUACAUUGUAUUUAAAGCUUAAUACACAAAUCAGAAUUCAUAUAAGUGCACUAUAUGAGCACUAAUAAUAUAAGUUGCUGCUUUGUGUUAUGAUAAGUGAAGAGUGGGGAAGAAUACGGUAAAUGAGAUAAGCCUUCUGAAUUGUGUUGAUCUUUCUGUUCUUGUUUUGUUUAAAAAGGGACCUUUACAAAUUGGAUUUAAAAAGAUAAUAAACAGACAUAUUACAUUGUAUCUGAA